GUUCAGACGUCACACCAGAGAUUCUCUUACCCAGAAAUGACCUCCAACGACAGCUCUUCUCAGGCUGAUGUCUACAAGGCACCUAGGAAUGAGGAUGGAUCCAUCAAGUUCCAUACGACGUCCUUCCGGGAUACAAUCGAGCGCGGUGGUAAAUUCGAGCCGGAAUGCGAUCGCUAUCACCUCUAUGCAUCCUACGCAUGCCCUUGGGCUACGAGGACGUUGAUUGUGAGGAAGCUGAAAGGAUUGGAGGAUAUCAUUCCUGUGACUAUAGUUUCCCCGCGUUUGGGAGCAAACGGAUGGCCGUUCGCAUCUGUAGACGAAUUUCCCGGCGCAGAGACCGAUCCACUGUAUAAUUCCCAGUACGUGAAGGAGCUCUACUUGAGAGCCAAUACAGCAUACACCGGAAGAUUCUCCGUCCCUCUCCUGUGGGAUAAGAAGAACCAGACGAUCGUGAACAACGAGAGCGCAGAAAUCAUUCGCAUCUUCAACUCGGCGUUCAACGAGUUUCUUUCGGAAGACAAAGCGAAGCUUGAUCUAUACCCCGAAGACUUGAGAGCGGAGAUUGACUCUGUCAAUGACUGGGUCUACCAUGGGAUUAACAAUGGUGUCUAUAGCACAGGGAUGGCUGCCACACAAGCAGCCUACGAGAAAAACGUCCACGAACUCUUUGACAGCCUUGACAAAGUCGAGAAGAUCCUCCAAGGGAGAGACUACCUUGUUGGGGAUCGCUUGACAGAGGCUGACAUACGGCUCUGGGUUACGAUUAUACGCUUCGACCCCGUGUACGUGGGGCAGUUCAAGUGCAACAUCAGGACGAUCCGAGACGGAUAUCCGGCCAUCCAUUCCUGGUUGCGCAAACUGUAUUGGAACAUCCCUGCCUUUAAAGAUUCAACCGAUUUCGACCACAUCAAGACGACCUACUACUGGUCACACGCCUCUUCUAACCCGACAAGGAUUAUCCCGGUCGGACCCAUUCCGAACGUUCUCCCUCUUUGAGUAAAGCAUAUUAAUAUGUCACUGCAAUUAUGAUUAUCUGUGCUUUAAGAGCAGUCCUCUAGACGUGCCAUCCAAAUCAUCUACUCUGCACCCCCAA